UCUGACGACGGUGAGAAACACCAAAGACCGAAGAGUACAUUUUCUUUGUCGGGAUCUGACUCACACCCUCAUCACUGCUGUCCGAGAAUCUCCUCCAUUGAUGUGCAAUCAGCGUGCGGAAAAAAAAACAAAGAAAAAUGCUAUAAACCCAACGUAUUAGCACCAAUCAAAACCAUCCCACCAAAAAUAGAAGGAAAAAAGAAAAGUGGGAUCGUGUUCUUAGGGUUCCUGAAUUUUCAGAAAUUCGUGUGAACUGACGGAGCAACGGAACACGAAAAGGUUGUUUUUUUCUUGGUGGGUUUUUGUUUUGUCUGAAUCAAAAUGGGUAAAAUCUCUCUGGUAGUGGCUGAUUUCGUCCUGGCAUUCAUGUGGGUAUGGGCCGGUGUUCUGGCCAACUUACUCGUCCAUGGAGUUUGGGGAUAUGGGCGAGACACGACCGGAGAUCUCGUCAGAUAUGUUCUGUCCGUCGCCAACAUGUUCUUGUUCGCUUAUUUCCAGAAGCUCACCAAUGGCGGACUCUACAACCCUUUGACCACUCUGGCCGCCGCCGUCUCCUCCGGCGGCGGCGUCUUCGAAUUUAUCUUCGCCGUCGCGAUCAGAAUCCCAGUCGAGGUGGCUGGAUCCAUCCUCGGAGUUAGGCAUGUUCUUCAGACAUUUCCCGAGAUCGGACGAGGGCCACGUCUGAACGUAGCGAUCCAUCACGGAGCCCUAACAGAAGGAAUGCUUACAUUCGCCAUCGUGACGAUAUCGUUGGGAGUGUCGAGAAAAAUCCCAGGGAGUUUCUUCAUGAAGACAUGGAUCGGAAGCCUGUCCAAGCUGACCCUUCACGUUCUUGGCUCCGAUCUCACCGGUGGAUGCAUGAACCCCGCAGCUGUAAUGGGAUGGGCAUAUGCAAGAGGCGAGCAUAUAACGAAGGAGCACAUACUCGUGUACUGGCUUGCUCCGGUCGAAGCUACGUUAAUGGCGGUUUGGAUCUUCAGACUGGUGGUUAGGCCUCUUGCCACGGCGGCCAAGGCUAAAUCCGAAUGAGGAAAGACCAUUUGAUUGUCUCUUGUCGGAACAAGAACCAUGUGUCAAGAGGAUCUUUGAUAAGAUCAACUCGUUCGCCCAAGCCUUGGUGGGUCGGGUGGUAAACUGGUAAGUGAACAUACAGAUUAUGGUCUCAUCCGAGGUUCAAUUUCAGGUAUGGGUAUGGAGGUAUUGUAAGGCGGUAAUUUAACCGAUCUUUUCUUCGAGUAUCUAGAAAAUGUAGUUAGAUCGAAAACACGGUGAACUCAUUCUGUAAAAUGUCAUCGGGUUUAGUGGCGGAAAAAAUUCGAAAAUUGGAUUUGAAUAUGGGUAACUGGAUCUUGGAUGA